GAUCAGAGUCAGUGUGUAGCUGCAGGUUGCUGAUAUCUGCGGGUGUUGGAACAGACGGUGGUGUUGUGGAGGAGCAGUGUAGCCCAGCGAGGAGCUGAGGAGUGGGUUGACCCUCUGGGAGGACUGGAAUAUGAAUGACGGCCAAAUGCAGGGACGUCUGCUCAACCCGCACUGAGGUGAGUGGCACUCCAGUGCGAGAGAAUCAGCAGUGAUCCGACAGUGAUGCUGUGUAGCAGCCCUCCGCUCUGUCUGCCCCGUUCGUUCUCCCGUGAGGCCCAUGUGACCUAGCCUACACCCGUACACAGGGGGCCCCCACUGCCGCUGGAGCCCACCCAUGAAUCCCAGCCCUGACCGCGGCAAAGAGUGCCUCCCUCCUAAGAAGAGGGAGUCUCGGCAGGGAUCGUUGGAACACCACAUCCCUUUGGACGAGUUUAAACCCCCUGUGCCACUCCGAAGUCGGUCCAGCACAGGCAGAGGGGAGGGAGGCAGGGAAGCCAGUGACAGGGAUCGAGCUCUGACAAACUCUCAUCUCCUCCUCACUCCUCCGUCCCUUCCUGCUCCUGCACCAUGCCUCCCCCUUUCCCUCCCAUGGCACGUGAGCUACUCUCCCUCUGUUUCUCUUCCCCUUUUCCCUGGGCAGAUCGGCGAGAGGAGAAGCUCAGGGUCUCCAGCCUGGAGAGAUGAUCCUCUCUCCUCACCCCUGCCCCACUCCUCCAGGUGGCUCAGAGGGGAGGGUUCCCUCUCCUUGCCAUCUCCAUCAUCUUCCUCCUCGGCUUCCUCCUUCAAGACUCCUUUCCCUGCUGAUUCAAGAGAGAUGUGGUCCUACGUCAAUAGCAGCCGGCGCGACUACAGCUCCUCCCUCUUCUCACCAUCAUACUUGUUUAGCCACCAUUCUCUCUACCCCCAAGACCCAAGCUUAGUUGAUGCAAGACACAGGUACCUGGGCAAGAGGCUCAACGGCUUGGAUGGGUCAGGCAGCAGGACUGUCUCUACCUCCAGGGCUCUGCUCACAGGAGAGUACGGGAACGAGAGCAGCAGAACCAGGCUGGACUUCAGUCCACACAGCUCCCAUACCAAUGGUGGAAGGAGACAGCAGGAGGAUCCUACCUCCCAUGUCCAUUCUGGAGGGCCAUUUUUGUUAGACUCUCAAACUCAGGAGGACCCUGAGCCACAUUCCUCACUGCAGGACAGACAUCCGCAUUGCAUAGUUAAGACAGGCUCAAAUUUACUCUCCUCCAGUCCCCUCAGAGCAGACCCCAGGGCAGGUAGAGGGGGACAACUGGAUCCCAUAGGGGCCACACCAGCUGAAGCCCAGAUCUACUACUCACUGGGAUCAGUGUCCCACCCCAACCCACAGCCCUACCCACUCUAUAGCCCCUCAGGAACACCUCUGUACAACCUGCACAGGGAGCCGGGCCCCAGGCAGCACAAUCUAAAGAACUCACCUCACUCACCCCUGGGUCUGCCUAACAGCCAUGACAGGUCGCAAAGAGACUGGGAAAGAGACCAAGAAAGAGACAAAGUCUCGCAUAGGGACAGGGAGCGAGCUAAAGACAAAGAGAAGCACCUACAGCACGACAAAGACCAAGAAAGGGAAAGACAGCGCGAGAGACGACGAGACAGAGAAAGGGACAGAGGGAGUGAGUCUUCUCCCUGCCAUCUUCACACCUCACCCCCAGCCAUUCACCCAUCUCCCCCCGCGCUCCUACCUCACUUCGCCAAGGGUUCUCUGAUCGAGUUGGCCAGCGGGCGGUUGAAGCGAGUGGAGGAGCUGCGAACCGAGGACUUCCUGAGGAGCGCCGACACCUCCUCAGAGUUCCAUCUCAGCACCUGCACCGUGUUGCUGAUUUCCCCCAGCAGCGCACAGGGCUUCAGCCACCUGCAGGUCCACCUCACGGACCGCAACACUCAGGAGUUACUGAAGGUCUUGGCGGAGUAUCCAUUCUUUGUGCAGGACCGAGGCUGGUCUUCUUGCAGUCCCCAGAGAACCACACAGCUGUACGGCCUGCCCUGCCGCCAGCUUGUGGAGGGGGACGUCUGCCUGGCCCUCACCCCAACGCCCAGCCAAACCCACCGGACACACACGCGCACUGGCACCAGGGCGCACCGCAUGCAACUUCCCCCCAGGGCUACAGGGGAAUCCAGCAGCUCGCACAGGGAGGAGAUGCCACCUCCACCUCCUCCACCCCCUCUUCCUCACCAUCACCCACCUCCUCCUGCUGCAGCCCCGCCACGCACUCUGCCUGCAGAGCCCCUUGCUCAAGAGCAGCCACAUGCACGCAAGCGCCGCUGGUCUGCCCCGGAUGCCCUUCCCUCAACCGGAACUGAUGAAAGCCUCCUGGAUUUACCUCAUAGCUCCAAGAUGAUGAAGUGGCAGUAGAAACUUGCACACGCAUACAUAUAUACAUGCAUACUGACACACACAUAUGAGUACAUACACACCCUCCUUGUCUCUGUUGCACCCACAAAGACAAACAAUGGAGAGACCUCAAGGCAGGGUUGCAGGGAAGGAAUUAAAAAAAAUAAAAACAGUAGAGAAUUUACGGGUGUCCACACUGCAGGAGCAGCAGCUGAAGGAUUUCUGGACGGCUCCUUACAGAUGCACUGAAGACAUUUAGUGAGACAAUCAAGCACUUGUCUGUAUUCACUUUGUUUUUGUAAUGAUUGUCCCACACACCUACUUACUGACAGUGUUUUCUGCAGGGUAUCAACUUUCAGUCAGUGUUAUGAAAGUAAACGCUAUUAAAGAAUUGAAGAAGGCAUAUAUGAACGAAAUUUGACUAUACAUAUUACAGAUGUUAUAUACAGUAAAUAUGCUAAACAGAUUUAAUGCAAUCUCUCUGUCAAUUUCCCAAUGCAUUUUCUUUUCUCUAUUUUGUUUUUCUUGCUUCCGAGCCGAUGUCUUAAGUGUCGGCCUGGGCAGGCAAGGUGAAUGUACGAGAAAUUCUUCGCCUUUUUUUAUUCUCAUCGCCGGGAGUCGUUUCAAUACAAUUGUUCGUCAAGGCAUUACCCUCCAAUAUGUUCUUAACAUUAUCUCUGAGAAAAGGGAGAACACUAAUGAAAAUUGCGUAACAGACAAUCCCACCCACACAGACAGGUCUGUGCCACAUCGCCUUGACACUCAUGGUGUUUUUCCAUUAAAAACUGAAUGAUGGAGAGAGUGAGAAAGUGCAGCACGGCUGAAGAGUAAUGGUGCUAAUAACACGUUGGAACAUGAUGCUUUGUGAAUACUCUUGACCCCUGUGUACUGUACGCUUCUGUUCCCGUCUCGUUUUUUUUUUACGUACUGUAUAUGUUUGAGGGCAGGGAAAAACAAUGAAAGUAUUUUAAACUCUGAUACGGGUAUCUCCUUUGAUUCAGCACACUCUCUCACUUUAGUUGUUUGUUUGUUUUUUUAUUUUCGAAAAGAAAACCUUACCUGUUGAUUUUUCUUUUUAAAUGUCAUAGCUACAAAAAUAUAUGUAUAUUUUUAAAAAAACAUUGUGAAUCUGUUAAAUGAUGUUCGCUAGAA